AUGCUUUCAAAUUCACCUGGUUCUGUUGGAUUUGAAUUGGCACCAUUUAAGUUGUCUCAGGAUUAUUCUGGUAUUUUGGGUGGUUUAAACAGUGAAAAGUUUUUAGAAUUCAAGUCAUUAUUAAAACAAGCAUUUAAUGUGUUAAGAAAGCAUGCUGAUAACAUUGUCUCGUUGGUUGAAAUGACGUCUAAAGAUUCGAAACUUCCAUGUUUUCUCUCCGGAGAAGCAACUUCUUCUCAUCUUAAAGAUCGAUUUCAAUUAACACUUACUCAACCGCAAUUUGACGAUUUUGUUGAAAAGUUGAUUAUGUCAAGUUGUUGUAAUGUAUUUACACGAUUAUAUGACACUUUUCAAUACUAUUCUAAUGGAAUCUUAUAA